AUGAUGCUGGAAGAGAACUUGGACAAGAGUAAGCUCCGGGAAACUAAAAUGGAACGUGUCUUGGACGAAGCUAAGGAACAGAUCGAGUCUCUGCAGAAUCAAAUCGCAGAGAAAGAUCUUUUGAUUGAAUGGACCGCACUGGAUAAGAAAGAAAUGGAACGUCGUCUGGAAGAGGAGGAGAAAGCGAGAGGCAGAGACAUCCAGAUUUUGGAAAAACAGUUGAAUCUUUUCCAAGAGAGGAUGGAAAGAGCCCAAAAGGAGGAAACUGAGCUCGCCUCCAGAUUACAGGAAGCUGAAGCCACCAAUCGAGUGUUGGCUUCAGCGAAUGAAUGCUUCAAGAGGGCAAAUGACCAACUGAGAGAAGGUCUGGAAGAGAAAGAGAAUGAGGUCGACCAUUUGGAAAUUUUAAAAGAAGCUUCUGCACAAGUAAUAGCCGAUCUACAACAGAGGAAUGGCGAUCUCGAAGAGGAAAUUAAAAAGAAUAAGGACGAAAAGGAGAAGACCAGACUUUUGAACGACGAAGUUCAGCAGAUGAGAAACUGGGUUGCUGAACUAGGAGGUAAAAACGCCAUGAUGGAGGAGGAAUUGGCAAGGAAAGAACUAAAAAUAAAUUCACUAAAGAAUUCGCUAGAAAAUGCUGAAGGAGAGAAUAGUAUUUUGAAAGAAGAAGUUCAGAAUAUGAGAGAAUGGGUAGCUGAACUGGGUGGUCAAAAUGCUAAGAAGAAUGAGGAAUUGGCCAGUAAAGAACUAAAAAUAAAUUCACUAAAGAAUUCGCUAGAAAAUGCAGAAGGAGAGAAUAGUAUUUUGAAAGAAGAAGUUCAGAAUAUGAGAGAAUGGGUAGCUGAACGGGUGUCAAAAUGCUAA